CUCAUUGGCGGCCUCCUCUGCUCCGAUUGGUGGAAGCGGGAUGUCCGCCCCCUGGCUGGAUGGGGCCCCCUGCCCCGGCCGCGGCAGCUCAGUUUAGGAGCUGUGGCCACAGCAAACGGAGCUCGUGACCGCGGUGGGGGGUGGGGAUGGCGGAGGCGGAGCUGCCCCCGGCCCCGGUCGCGGCCUGCGCCGGCACCGAGCGGGCCCUGGGUCCAGUGGUGGGCCCCCCAUACCUCCGCCCCCUGGUGCCCUCUCCAGUGGCUGCCUGCUUGCUGGUGGCCCUAGAAGGGCUGAGCCUCUACCACAACUGCCUGCGUAGCAUUCCACCUGCCAUUGCCAACCUUCAGGCUCUCACCUACCUGAACCUCAGCCGCAACCAGUUGUCCUCGCUGCCUGCCUGCCUAUGCCGCCUGCCCCUGCGUGUGCUCAUUGCCAGCAACAACAAGCUGGUGGUGCUGCCCGACGACAUCGGCGCCCUGCGUGCCCUGCGCCAGCUGGAUGUGAGCUGCAACGAGCUGCAGGCACUGCCGCGUGGCGUCGCAUUCCUGGCUGCGCUGCGGGACUUGAACCUGCGCCGCAACCGCCUGGCCAUCCUGCCCGAAGAGCUGUCGGAGCUGCCCCUUGUGCGCCUGGACUUCUCCUGUAACCAUGUCUCCCGCAUCCCUGCCAGCUACCGGCACCUGCGCCACCUACAGACCAUCCUCCUGGACAACAACCCCCUGCAGUCGCCCCCCGCCCAGGUCUGUCUCCGAGGGAAGUUCCACAUCUUCAAGUACCUCAACAUCGAGGCCUGUGGCAAGGCAGGGCUUGACCCCAGCAUUCGGCCCAAUGGGCUCCCUGAUGAGUUCUACCCGGCACGGCCCCAUGGCGGCCUUGACUCUGGCUUCAACAGCGUGGACAGCGGUAGCAAGCGCUGGUCAUUCAAUGAGGAAUUCUCGGAACUGUCCUUCCGUGUGGCCGAGCUGACACGGGACCCCCGGUUGCCGCGGACCUGUGGGACAGCCCUAGACACUGACCUGGAGCAGAUCGACUUCAUCGACAGCAGUGUGAAUGGGGAGGAGGAUGAGGAAGCCAAGCCCGAGGAGAAGUCGAAAGUGGAGCCAAGCCCCCCGCCCAGCACCCUGCCCAGGCCUGACCCCCCUGGUGAGGAGCGGCGUCGCCCCGAGAUCCUGCAGCUGUGGCAGGAGCGUGAGCGGCAGCAGCAGGCGUUGGAGACGCACAACAGCUUCCGGAGGAUGCCCCGCACCAGCUCUGGCCUCGCUCCUGGCAGCAGUCUGGCAGAGAGUGGCUGGCAGAAGCCUCGGACCCAGGGACCAGAGCAGCCUCCCAGCCCCCCACAAGCCCCUCGACUGCAGGAGCCACCCCCUAGCACCAGCCCCGCGUCCCGGGACCCUGGCCCUGCCCCUCGGCCCAGCAGCUUCCUGUUUCGCUCGUCCUCCCGCAGUGCCGUCCGGCCCAGCCUGGCUGCAGCUCCUCCAGACCCCACCCCAGACCUGGAUGAGAAGGAGUUAAUGGCUCAGCUGCGCCAGGCCAUCGAGUCGCGGGUGCGAGUAACGCUGGGCGAGGACCUGGGGGCAGCGCUGGCCAAUGGGGCGGUGCUGUGCCAGCUGGCUAAUCAGCUGCGGCCCCGCUCUGUGCCUCUCAUCCACGUGCCCUCCCCUGCUGUGCCAAAGCUGAAUGCUGUGAAGAGCCGCAAGAACGUGGAGAGCUUCCUGGAGGCCUGUCGGCGAAUGGGGGUCCCCGAGGCUGCCCUGCCUCCGGCACCCGCCGGCCUGCACCCCCCGGACCCGGAGGACCCCCCGCCGCCUGCCGCUCCCCCACCCCUGGCUCCCUUUGCCCUCUUCUACAUGUGCUCCAUGGCCCUGCUCUACCUGGCCUACCAGCGCCUCUGCCCCUUCUGAGGGCGGGGGCUGGCCCCCCGCUGCCCCCCCACCCCCUGUGUCGCCUGCUUGCCUCCGGGGCCCUCGCAUGAGAGCUCUUACAUGAGGGCCCCCAUGCUGCUCACCCAGGUGCCUGCUUUGCAUAGGGCCAGGCCCUCUGCGCUGCCCCCCUACCCCAGUGUCCUCUGUGCCCCCUUGGGGCAGCUAGGGGCAUUACAGCCCUGGCACCUGGCUUCCCCCGCCAGUCUGUAUGGGGCGAUACUCUUCCUC